GGGUAGAAACUUUUACCAACACAAAAAGGCCAAAUUCAAGUUAGACCAGAAACCUAACAAUGAAUGCAAGGUCGAGAAACUUGAACUCUGUUUUCUAUUCGAAUGCUUAUCAUCCCAUUCAAGCUGGAAGCAUUGAUGGCACCGAUAUUGUUCCUCACGAUAAUGCCAUUUUUCGUGCUCAACUUUGUUCCUCUAUUGGCCUCUAUGACCCAUUUGGUGAUCCUAAGGCCACUGGCGACCCUUAUUGUACCCUUUUUGUGGGUCGUCUUUCUCGACUCACCACUGAAGAAACUCUCCGAAAGGUUAUGAGUGAGUUUGGUCAGGUGAAGAACUUGCGCUUGGUGAGGGACAUUGUGACUGGAGCUUCUCGUGGUUAUGCUUUUGUUGAAUUCGAAACUGAAAGAGAGAUGCGGCGAGCAUAUAUGGAUGCUCACCAUUUGAUUGUUGAUGAUUGUGAAAUCAUAGUUGAUUAUAAUAGACAGCAGCUGAUGCCUGGAUGGAUUCCUAGAAGAUUAGGUGGUGGUCUUAGUGGUAAUAAGGAAUCAGGACAACUUCGUUUUGGUGGAAGGGAAAAACCAUUUCGUGCACCCUUGAAACCAAUUCCUUAUGAGGAGUUGAAGAAGCUUGGUAUCCCACCUCCACCUGAGGGAAGUUACAUGUCACGUUUUCAGGUUCCAUCCCCUCCUAGAAGAGACACCAACCUCUCAGACAAGGAUGAAGACUCUGAUAGAAGAGGUUCUAGUGAAAGGAACAUGACAAAAAAGUCUAAGAUGGAGGAAGAGCACUACAAAAUAAGUUCAAGUCACCGAGGAGACUACUCACGUGGAAGGAGUUCUUCGGAGAGGAGUGAUCAUUACCAUGACCGGAGCUCGUUGAAGAGGACUGAUCGUGACCGUUACCAUGACAGGAGCUCUUCAGAGAGGAGUGACCGUUACCAUAAGAGGAGCUCAGCUGAGAAGGCUGAUCAUAACCGUUACCAUGACAGGAGCUCUUCAGAGAGGAGUGACCGUUACCAUGACAGGAGCUCCUCAGAGAGGAGUGAUAGUUACCAGGAGAGGAGCUCAGUUGAGAAGGCUGAUCAUGAUCGUUACCAUGACAGGAGCUCUUCAGAGAGAAGUGACCGUUACCAUGACAAGAGCACUUCAGAGAGGAGUGAUUGUUAUGAGAAGAGGAGCUCAGCUGAGAAGGCUGAUCGUGAUUAUGACCAUGACAAGAGCCCUUCAGAGAGGAGUGACCGUUACCGUGUCAAGUGCUCUUCAGAGAGGAGUGACCGUUACCAUAAGAGGAGCUCAGCUGAGAAGGCUGAUCAUAACCGUUACCAUGAUAGGAGCUCUUCAGAGAGGAGUGACCGUUACCAUGACAGGAGCUCCUCAGAGAGGAGUGGUCGUUACCAGGAGAGGAGCUCAGUUGAGAAGGCUGAUCAUGAUCGUUACCAUGACAGGAGCUCUUCAGAGAGAAGUGACCGUUUCCAUGACAAGAGCACUUCAGAGAGGAGUGAUCGUUAUAAGAAGAGGAGCUCAGCUGAGAAGGCUGAUCGUGAUUAUGACCAUGACAAGAGCCCUUCAGAGAGGAGUGACCAUUACCGUGUCAAGUGCUCUUCAGAGAGGAGUGAUCGUUACCAAGACCGGAGCUCAACUGAGAGAGAACAUAGUAAUAGGAGUUCAACCAAAUCAGAUAAACAUUCACGUAAAAGAAAAGAAAGAGACGAAUCCUCUCGUAGGUGGGAAAAAUUUAGUCGGUAUUCUCCUGAUGAGGACUAAGGUCUACAACACAUUAUCACUCCUCUAUUGUACCUUUCUGACCAUCCGAAAGAUUUCAAGUUGAACAUGAUGACGAUGCAUGCAAGUUUAUGCAUAGGUUUUUGUUUUUAUAUUUGAGUGCGGUUUUAUAUGAAGAGCACCUGAUCUUUAUACCAAACAUCUGUGUUGUAGUUAGACAAGUCAUAGGCAGCAGUAUACUGUAACCAUAUUUUGAAUUGUCAGGUUCCUUGAGCUAUAUUAUGCAAAGCAUAAUCAUUUUUGUUUCUUUUCUA